AUGCCCGCUUUUAAGAAAGGGGAUAAAGUGAAUUACAAACCGGUAGGAGGACCUGCAUCUCAUACAAACACCAGUGUUGGGGUCAUUUGUGACCUGAGCACUACACGAGCAAACUUCUCUGGGCGCAUCGUUCAAGCCUCGGAAGAAGAGCCUCGCUAUGAGGUUGAGAACCAAAGGACGCGCAAAAAAUCCGCCAUCAAGGAGAGUAAUAUUCUCGGACCUGCGGAGUAA